AUGAUUUCUAGUACGAAUUCUUUUGUGAAAGUGGCAUCAGAAACCAUCAAACAUGAUGUGCGAACACUCUUUCACUGGGAUCCCAUUGGCAAUAAACUGCACUGUGCGAUGCGGGAUGCUUUCUAUCUUGUGAUUGAUACCCCCAAGUUCUUUAUGUACACACAUAGUGCAUAUGGAGCUAUGCGGCGGUAUAUUCGCCAAGCCCGCAUUAAUAAAGGGAAAGUAAAUCCAGAAGACUUUCGUGAUGUGGAUACCAAUGUACUGCGGGAAUCUCUUAUUCGAUUUGCACAGUGGAAGGGUCCACUGCAGAAGAUUGAUUUUCGCUGGUUUUACUGGAUGUAUGCAUUAAUGAUUGGUUAUGUGCUUUGGCAGGGUCUCGCACUGCAGAAGAUGUUAGAUGAGAAGGUGGAGCGGAGUGGAAUGUCACUAGAGGAGCGUAGAAAUUUGUUUGAUGAUGAUUACGAGGAAGAUCUGCGGCCGCGGUAA